AUGAAUUUCGCGGCAUCAAGGACCCAGCUGAAACGGAGUACGGCGGUCGCAGGGUCACUGCUAUUUUGGCGGACGAACAGAAAGAGGUUGAAUACCACUUUUGACGAGGCAUCUGAUCUCCAAUACGACGUAGUGGUCCUGGGAUCCGGCGCGUCGGGGCUGACCACCGCAGUUACCGCGGCCCAGAAUGGCUUGAAGGUCCUGGUGCUCGAGAAGACGAGGUUUUUCGGUGGGACGACGGCCUAUUCUGGAGGCGCUCCGUGGAUCCCAGUGAACAAGUACCAGCCUACUAUAGGAGUUCGAGACACCAAAACUGCCGCCGAGACGUAUCUGCGCAGUGUUCUUGGUCCUACGCAUUUUGCGAGUGCGGAAAAGAACAUCGAAGCAUAUCUUAAUACGGCCCCAAAGAUGGUGGAAUGGAUGGAAGCCAAUACCGCCGUCAAAUUUCAAGCAACUACGCUGCCUGACUACCGGCCAAAUCUUGAAGGCGCGUCCAAAGGUCGUACAAUCAUACCAGUCGACUUCAAUGGCAGACUGCUUGGCCAGGAGUUGUGCAAUGUUCGUUAUACGUUACAGGGCAUGAAGGCGUUUGGGUCGAUGCAGGUGAGCCCCUUGGAGACGGAAAUUCUGCAAAAUCCCUUUGGCUCGGUAUCCAACUUGGUCCACACGGCAAAGAAAGGUGCCAACUGGAUUCUUGACCUGCUCGUUUAUGGAAAAGGGUCCUUCAUGGUCGGUGGCAACGCUCUAGUUGGUCGUUUGCUCCUCACUGCCAUCGAAUUAGGAGUGACGCUGGAAACUGAAGCUGAAGUGACGGGGCCACUGAUGGAAGACGACCGCGUCGUGGGUGUGCUUCUCUCCGUUGCCAAUGGAGAAAAGCAGAUUCCCAUCAAGGCUUCCAAAGGCGUUGUCCUUGCUACUGGAGGUUUCGGCAGGUCUGAAGAAGGUAAGGAGUUUGUGCCUCAAGACUGGAGUGCUGUGCCAAAGACAAACCUGGGAGACGGGAUCCGAUUGGGCCUCGAGGCCGGAGGAUAUCUCCCACCACCCAACGAAGACAAUGCCAUCUACGCACCGAUCUCUGUGCUUCAGUAUGACGACAACCGCACGCGCUGUCUCCCGCACUUUGCGGGCGAUCGGACGAAGCCGGGAUCACUCAUCGUGGACGAGAAUGGGAAGCGUUUCGAGAACGAGUCGCGAAAUUACCAGGACUUUGUCAAGAAAAUGCACUCCCUCCAGAUCAACAAGGCUUACUACAUCGCCGACGCGGACCAUCUGCGCAACUACGGCAUGGGCAUGGCGCUGCCGUGGCCCUACUGGAACCGCAACGUCCUGCGCAAGGGCUAUCUGAUCAAGGCGCAAACGAUCCCCGAGCUGGCGGAGACCCUCAAGAUCCCAGUAGCAAACCUACAACAAUCAGUGGAGGACAUGAAUACGUACGCAAAGACGGGCAGGGAUGUUCAGUUCCAUCGUGGCGAAGACGCCUACGAUCAAUUCUACGGCGACCCCGCCGUCAAACCGAACUCCAGCUUGGGACCGAUUCGCAAGCCACCCUUUUAUGCUCUUCCUCUGUACCCAGGGAACGUGAGCGUCAUGUAUGGUUUGGCCACCAACCAGAACGCUCAAGUGCUAUCCAAGGAAGGCAGCGUCGUCAAGGGUCUUUACGCCGUGGGUUGCGACAAUAAUAGUAUAAUGCGAGGCCAAUACCCGGGUGGAGGAAGUAGUAUCGGCCCAGCCAUGACCUUUGGGUAUAUCGCGGCACUGCAUCUAGCCGGUCGGCUGGGUCAGGAUUGA